AUGGGACAAACUGCGCUCCGAUUACGUCAAAAGAAAGGAGGGGAAAGAAUUCCGAACCUGAGGGACAUCGAUUGGCUGAUUGAGCUCGCCGGGAUUAAUCUCGAGUGGGGCUUGUUCUUUAGCGUGAAUUCGUACCUAGCGCCGGCAAGGGAGGAGGGCUGGCUCGCGGCCGACGGAGGGAGGAAGGCGGGGUCGAUGUUCCAUCAGAUUAGGGCUCGCCAGGGCGACGAGGGUGGAGGCGGCCGGUUGUCGCCUGGCUGUUGCUGGUGGCAGGGCGACGAGGUGGAGGCGGUGGCUGGAGGUUUUUUGCGCCGCUGCGCGAGAAGGGGGAAGGGCGGAAGGGUUGAGCGGCGAAGGUCGAAUGCUUUGGGAGGAGGAGGGAGUCGACUUAGGGUUAGGGAGGAGGAGGAUUGA